GAGGGUCCAAACCUCGGCCUUGUUUCUACGAGUUCUGUUGGAAGUCAACUCUGGGUUUCCCCAUCAAACUCAUGAACGCUCUCAACAGCGUGGCUGUGGCAGCGAGUGAAGGCGGUCUCCUUGUCUAGGACUGUCGCCAGAAAUGAAGAGCCAACAAAAAAGCCCUGAUCCAGAUGGGAGUACGACUCUCAAUGAAGAAGGCUCAGUGGCCACUGCAGAAGACCCAGCAGCUAUUGCAGCCAUUCAGUCUGCCUCUACAUACACUGAUCAACCCAUCAAGUACUUAUUCAAGACAGAAGGAGGAGGUGGACAGGUGACCUACAGAGUGAUCCAGGUGUCUGACGGCCAGUUGGAGGGUCAGACAGAUGGAGGUGCAGCAGUGAGCCUGGUCACUGGUUUCCCUGCAACCACUCAGGCCGUCACACAGGCUGUGUUCUCUCAGUCCGAAGGGCUUGAGGGAGACGGCGGCACUGAGACACAGUACACAUACUAUCCUGCCACUAUUGCUGACGCCACAACAGGGGCCAUGGUGACCACAGUUCAGGCAUCCGACACACUCCUCAGCCAGACCACACCCACGGGGCAACUCUAUGUGAUGAUGUCACCCCAGGAGGUUUUGACAGGAUCCAGUCAAAGGACAAUCGCACCUCGCACUCAACCAUACAUAGCAAAACAAGAGGCUCCUCGGGGUUCCAGGGAUGAGAAACGGCGUGCACAGCACAACGAAGUUGAGCGCAGAAGACGGGACAAAAUCAAUAAUUGGAUCGUGCAGCUGUCGAAGACAAUACCAGACUGUAACAUCGAUUAUACCAAGACGGGACAGAGUAAAGGGGGAAUUUUGUCCAAAGCCUGUGACUACAUCAAGGAACUCCGACAAAGCAACCUAAAAUUGGGGGAAGAUCUCGGCACACUUGAUCGACUUAGGAUUGACAAUCAGCUUCUCCGACAGGAGGUAGAAGACUGGAAAUCCAAGAAUCAGAUCCUGAGGAAUGUGCUACGUCAGCAUGGCAUUGUGGGAUCAUCCAGCACGGACUCGCAGUGAAAAGCCUUUUUAGGAACAGCUUUAUGAAGACAACCACACACGGGCCAAAACAGUACUUGAAGUGCUUUGACUGAGACUUGUCAGGCUUGUCAAGCGUGCAUGAUGUAUAAGGAAAUAAUUGAAUAUUGUGCUAAAUAUUCAACCCAGUGUCUGAAAAUGACACCUUUAAUAUUUUUAAGGCUUUAAAAGUACUUAUUUUAUGCUAAUCAUAAUUGCAUUGCAUUUGCAAGGGGGGAAAUUAGUCAUUGAAAACCUUCGUCCACAGCCAGUGUGGAAACCUCCAUGGCAUGACCGACUAAUGCUAGGUUUACAUUAUGUUCCCAGCGGCCACAGCAAUCACGUUUCAGAAUGGGAUGGACGUGACUCAACAUGGGGACGGACCGCACGGGCAAACGUGAUUGCAGUGACUGCCUGGCCGGAGUUUUAUGCUGUCAAGAGAUUUACCGAGGCAGUCACGAUGCAGAUGAGAAACGAGGAACUGCGUCAGAAAGUGACCAGCCGGAAGGGAACGUACUGGCAUCUGUGGUAGACAGCGGGCCAUACAUACCGUAGUGUGUCUUUUUGACUCUGCGACUCUGCAACCUCUUCCACCCAUACAGUAUCCCACGCUGCACUACGUUUCCGGCAAAUAGUGCUCCUGUGGACUCCGGGAAUAUAGUGUAAACGUUGUAUUACUUUUUAUUUUUUUUAAUUUUUUUUUCUCCCCCCCUCCAGUUUUCUUUAUAUGCUUACAUUGUCUCCAAACUACUGUAUAUGUAUGUAUUUUAUCCAUAUCGCUUUGUGACUCCGUUCUUUGUUUUACCUUUUGCUUUGUUUUCAUAUUUGUAUUAAUCUUUUCCCAUGCUGUUUUAUGUAGCCUCACUUUGGAUUAUAAUUACAUUGUAACAAUGUAACAGAAUACAUGCAACUGAGGACAGUUAAAUCUUGACGAUAUAGGUGGGCAACAAUAAAUGUG